CUCCCGCGCCGCAGUCAUGUUCGGGCCAUUCAGGAUCACAAAUGUUCUCAACGGGGGUCUUCUAUGGAAGAUCCCCUGGCGCCUCUCCCCGACUCAGAAGGCCCGGCAACGGAAGCGGUUAAGGGCCGUUGAUCAGGUCGUCGAGACGCUGAGCAACGCAUUGGCCAAGAAGGGCGAGACUCUCAAGUCGCUGGAGCGCUGGAAGGCCGAGAUGCCGACCGAGGCGCAAAUGCUGCCCCGGGACAAGUACACCAUGUUUGACCGGAAAGCCAAGAGAUAUCGCAAGGGCAUUCACAAACUUCCAAAGUGGACGCGUGUAUCGCAACGAAUCAACCCUCCCGGUUACUAAACAACGACGAGCGAUGGUUCGGGGCGUGUAUAUCCCUUGUACUAUACCAACUGAAUCAAUGGCGUUGUGGUGGCUGCAAAUUGUUCUUGGAUCCCAGAGAUGUGGGCGGCAUGGACGAUAUACCCGGGUCAAACACGAAGCCCACCUCUGGAUCGUGAAGUGGGCGGUCAACAUGACGACAACCCGCCCAAUAACGCCGUUGUGAUUCCCGGGGUAUUGCGUUACUUCACUUGAGAGACCGUAAAACAUGCCGUCGACGUGUGGACAGGCGAGUCUAUUUUCCGCGCCCGUAAUCAUCGUCAUAGUCCCUAGAACCCGCC